AUGGUCAGAUUAUCAUUCCAUUUUUGGGUUAUUUAUGUUACAGCCGAAAUUGAUUAUAUCAAUUUAUGCCAAAAUCAAGUUGCAACUGAAAAACAAUUCAUAAAUGCAUUAGAGCCUGGGCCAAACAAUGGAUCAGAAAUAAAACUGCACCUACUUCAAAAAGAGGGAAGCAUCCCAAGAUGUAAAGCCUAUGGAGUCAUGAAGACAUUGCUGAUCAAGUAG